UUUAGUAGUAAUCCUCCUUUCUAGGUGCCUUUCUCUCUUCUGCACAUGUUUUAGGUCUCUCUUUCUCUCUCUCUCUCUCAUUCCUUCUUCUUCUUCUUCAAAGUUUGAGCCUAAAACCAUGGCAAAAUCAAAAUCCUAAAAAACCCACCAUUUCCAUCCUUCUAAAUCUUAAUUAGUCUUGACCAGCUAUCUCACCAUGGGUAAAAAAGGAGGUUCUUCAUGGCUGUCACUAGUUAAAAAGGCCUUCAGCUCCCCAAGUAAGGUACCUGCAGAUACAAAGAUCAGCAACCGGAGGAAGGAUCAACACGACCAAGGAGAAGAAGAAGAAGAUAAACAGAAGAGAGAGAAGAAAAGAUGGUUGUUUAGAAGACCUACUUGUGGGCAUUCUGCUAACCCAAAGCUGAGCAACACUGCUACUACUACUACUACUAAUACAGACUCUUCUAAUCUGUCUGCUGAGCAAAGGCAUGCCAUUGCAGUUGCAGCAGCCACCACUGCUGCAGCUGAGGCAGCGGUUGCAUCUGCUCAGGCUGCCGUUGAGAUUAUCCGCUUGACCAGACCACCUCUUCCCAUUUCUGUGCAAAGGAGGGAACACUAUGCUGCAACAGUAAUCCAGACAAUUUUCAGGGGAUACCUAGCAAGAAGGGCUCUACAAGCACUGAGGGGAAUUGUGAAGCUCCAAGCUUUGGUUAGAGGACACAAUGUAAGGAAACAAGCAAAAUCAACAAUGAAAUGCAUGGAGGCUCUGCUUCGUGUGCAGAGUCGGGUGCGUGAUCAACGUGCUAGGCUAUCACAUGAAGGGAGUAGAAAGUCCAUGAUUGCUGCUGAUUCCAACAGCCAGUGGGAGUCCUCCAAGUAUCACUCCUCUCAAGACUUUCGAGAUAGGAAGUCAAUGUCAAGAACAAGAAGUAGCUUGGCAGAUGAUUGGGAUGAAUGCCCACAAACCCUUGAACAGCUCGAUGCUCUUCUACAGGCAAGAAAAGAAGCUGCCCUUAGGCAUGAAAGAACAGUGGGUCGUGCCAUGUCUCAACAGGCUUGGGAUGGACGAGGCCUAUCUGCAGAAGGUAUAGAAAGAGAGAUUGAGGAAAGAGCAAAUUGGCUUGAUCAAUGGAUGGCAUCAAAGCAAUGGGAGAAUUACAGUAGAGACUCAAGUGACAGAAGAGAGCCUAUAAAGACAGUUGAGAUGGACAUGUCCAUGCCCCAUCGCUAUUCCAGUUCUUCUGUCCAAAGACCACAAUCACCCCAUAUUCAGAAUCAGAGACAACUUGCUUCCCCUCGUCAUAGAUCUGCACAUCAUCAACCAACUGUUUCACCUUCUCCUUCUAAAAUAAGACCCCUUCAGGUCCGUUCAGCAAGCCCCAGGUGCUUCAGGGAGGAACAAAGCUUCUCAACAGCUAAUAAUACCCCGAGUUUGGUAACCACCCGCCGGUUAAGCAGUUACUUACCUAGGCAAUCAGAAACAUCUUCUAGUGCUGCAAUACCCAACUACAUGACUGCGACAGAAUCUGCCAAAGCUCGGCUCAGAUCACAAAGUGCCCCACGACAGAGGCCAGCAACACCCGAGAGGGAAAGAAGCACAUCAGCAAAGAAACGUCUCUCUUACCCUGUUCCUGAACCAUACUAUAAUAGUGCUGGGAGAAACUUGAGAAGCCCAAGUUUCAAGAGUGUUCAAGCAGGCUAUGUUGGAAUGGAGCUAGGAUCAAAUACAUCAUGCUAUACAGAAAGCAUUGGAGGUGAACUGUCUCCUUGUUCUACUACUGAAUUAAGAAGGUGGUUCAAAUAGGAAACUCUAAAUGGAGCUUAGUUACAGAUGGUUAUGGUAGCAAAUUAAAUGUUAUGAUGAUGAGAAUGUAUUCUUUUUUUGUGUUUCCUUGUGUUAAGUUAGUACCAAAACAAUGAUCCAUAAGACAAGACACAAGCACAGGCUUGUGAUUGCAGGACUUCAAAACUUCCAACAUUUAAAUUUCCAUUAGAAUACCACCAGCUAAUUAGACAAAAAAAUCAGUUAGCUUUGCU